CCAGACAAAAAAAUUGGAGUUGCAAUUGGUGAUCAAAUUUUGAAUUUAAAUGCUAUCGCAAAUUAUUUCGAUGGACCAUUGUUGGAAAGUAAGCAAGAUGUGUUUCGUCGUGAUUGUUUAAACGAUUUUAUGUCUCUCGGAAGGCCAGCAUGGCUAGAAGCAAGAUCUAAACUUCAAGAGCUGCUGUCUGCCAGUAAUCAUACUUUUCAAGAUCCUAAAAUCCGCUCUAAAAUUUUUGUCGCCCAGAAAGAUGCUAUAAUGCAUUUACCAGCCAAAAUCGGAGAUUACACGGAUUUUUAUUCUUCUCUUAAUCAUGCUACAAAUGUCGGUAUUAUGUUUCGUGGGAAAGAAAAUCCACUGAUGCCAAAUUGGAAAUAUUUACCAGUGGGCUAUCACGGAAGAGCAAGUUCCAUUGUUGUGUCAGGCACACCCAUAAGACGACCGUAUGGUCAAACACUUCCGGUUGAAGGUGCAGCACCUGUUUUUGGGCCCUGCAGAUUAAUGGAUUUCGAGCUCGAAGUUGCUUUCUUUGUCGGUCCAUCUACAAACCUGGGUGAUACUGUUCCAGCUUCUAAAGCGUAUGAACAUAUUUUUGGAAUGGUCUUGAUGAAUGAUUGGAGCGCAAGGGACAUUCAGAAAUGGGAGUAUGUGCCAUUGGGACCAUUUGGUUCAAAGAAUUUGGGCACGACAAUUUCUCCAUGGAUCGUUACGAUGGAAGCUCUAGACGCUUUCAAAGUACCAAAUAUGGCCCAAGAUCCAGAACCGUUUCCGUAUUUGCAACAUAAAGAGUCUUGUAACUUCGAUAUCAAAUUGGAAGUUGAUCUUAAA